AUGCGUCGUGGCGCAACUGAACAAGCCUUUUAUAAGGCAUUAUCCAGAAUCUCUAGUGCUAUCAAAAGCCUAAUAAUUGAUCUUGGGAAGAAUUACAAAGGUGCGAAAGCCGUCAUCAAGGAGUUGGCUCUUCCUGACAAUCGCGUUUAUGAAGUGGGUAAUUCCGGCACGGAGGGGGUGGACGAAGAAGAAGUUGCGACGGUGAAGGGGAAAGACGAGGACCAUAGCGGAAGUGAUGCCACCACUGCCGUGAUGAAGCAGGGCGAGGGGCCUAGUGCUAGCAAUUCCACCAAAGAAUGGGAUUAUGACGAGCAAGAAGAAACAGAGCCUCCUCCGGAAGAAGCAGUAGAGGCCUAUCCGGAUGUGAAGAACACCAAACAGAAGCCAUGUUCUAUGAACCAUUUGAUGUAUGUGGAGAAAAACGAGAAAGCAGGAUGUGCCGGAGCAUUGAACUUUGCAUACGAAGUGUGUCACAGCUUUUUCGAUUGUAUGAAACAAGCCCGAAGCUUCAUAUCCACAAUGCGAACCUAUCAUCUGCUCACAGUUCAAUGA